CUAAGUUGGCUUUACGCGAGGACGGGCUGGGCUGCUUCUUCUCGCAGGUGCGUGGCUGGGCCUGGGGCACUACUGAAGCCAGCUUUUCCCAGCUCGUUCCCUCCAGAUGGCCUGGACUGCAACUCUUAGGAAUCCCCGUCACCGUGGAGAGCUAAAGCAACAAUGAGAAGUUGGUGGUUUUUCGUGGCUGCUUUCUUUAUCCCAUGGGGUCUUUCUUUGGCCAAAUUUGAGGAGUUUGAUGAUGAUGACUUAGUGGAAUAUGAUGAUAAUGACUUUGCUGAGUUUGAAGAUGUGACUGAAGCCACAGAAUCUCCCCAGCGGAUUGCUACUGCAGAAGAGGAAGAGGAGGAAGCCACAGUAGAACUUGAAGGACAAGAUGAAGGUCUUGAUUUUGAGGACACUGAUGGACAGGAAGGUGAUACAGAAAGUGAGCCAUAUGAUGAUGAAGAAUUUGAAGGUUAUGAAGAAAAACCUGAUGCAUCUCUUGGCAAAAAUAAAGAUCCUAUUACCAUUGUUGAUGUCCCUGCCCAUCUUCAAAAUAGUUGGGAGAGUUACUACAUGGAAAUUUUAAUGGUGACAGGACUCCUUGCUUAUAUCAUGAACUAUAUCAUUGGAAAGAAUAAGAACAAUCGUCUGGCUCAGGCCUGGUUCAGUAGUCAUCGAGAGCUGCUUGAAAGUAACUUUGCACUUGUUGGUGAUGAUGGCACGAACAAAGAAGCCACAAGUACGGGCAAAUUGAACCAAGAGAAUGAACAUAUCUAUAAUCUGUGGUGUUCCGGUAGAGUGUGUUGUGAGGGCAUGCUUAUCCAACUCAAGUUUCUCAAGAGACAAGACUUGCUGAAUGUUCUUGCACGCAUGAUGAGGCCAGCCUGUGACCAAGUGCAAAUAAAAGUUACUAUGAAUGAUGAUGAUAUGGAUACCUACGUGUUUGCUGUCGGGACAAGAAAAGCCUUGGUACGGCUUCAGAAGGAAAUGCAGGACCUGAGUGAGUUCUGCAGUGAUAAACCCAAAACUGGGGCAAAGUAUGGGCUCCCAGAGGCACUGGCUAUCUUAUCGGAAAUGGGUGAGGUCACAGAGGGAAUGAUGGAUACCAAGAUGAUCCAUUUCCUCACACAUUAUGCUGAUAAGAUUGAGUCAAUUCAUUUUUCAGACCAGUUUUCCGGUCCGAAACUUAUGCAAGAGGAAGGUCAGCCUUUGAAACUGCCUGAAACUAAAAAGACACUGCUGUUUACUUUUAAUGUACCGGGGUCAGGUAACACUUCCCCAAAAGACAUGGAAGCUCUACUGCCUCUGAUGAACAUGGUUAUUUAUUCCAUUGACAAAGCAAAAAAGUUUCGUCUGAAUAGAGAAGGCAAACAGAAAGCAGAUAAAAAUAGAGCACGUGUAGAAGAGAAUUUUCUGAAACUGACUCAUGUUCAAAGACAAGAGGCUGCCCAGUCCCGCCGGGAAGAGAAGAAACGAGCGGAGAAGGAGAGAAUCAUGAAUGAGGAAGAUCCAGAAAAGCAGCGACGUCUAGAGGAGGCUGCUUUGCGUCGUGAACAGAAGAAACUUGAAAAGAAACAAAUGAAAAUGAAACAGAUCAAGGUGAAAGCCAUGUGAAAAACUUAGUUGGAAGAAAUUUCUUUUUUGGUGCCAACCAUAGAAUUGCAAUUUGCUGCCUACAAUGAGCUAAUUAUAUUCCUGACCUUAAUCAUUGGCCACUUAAGAACCACUUUUGACACUAACUGUUACUGCUCAUGGGAUUAUGACUGAAAGGUUUCCCCCUCUAUGUGUAUAUGUGGCGAAGUUGUUCUUGGAAAACUCCAUUGGUAGCACUGCUAAUGCAACUUUUAAAAAUGUGUUUAUGUACUGGUUUGCUUCAACCAAUGACCCCAUAAACAGCAAAGUUAUACUUAUUCACCAACAAAACUAAUGCAUUUUAAUCCACAUUUGGAUUGCAAUCCUGAACCUACUUCAAUCCUCUUUGAUGAGUAGGACUGCUAAUAAUAAAUAUUUUCAUGGUGCAGCCCGUUCUGGUUUUAUAUAACAUGCAGACGUGUAUAUAGAGAGCUUUACAAUUGUCUUCCAUAUUGUUGGAUUUUUUCCUACUUGCUUUGGAAGGAGUUCUAGCACUUUGCAACAUUUUUUUCAGAUCCUUUGAUUAGGUAAAGGAUAGGUGUGCAUCUAUAUAUAUACACACUUACACACAUAUAUACAAAAACAUGUACAUACAGGCAUUCUCUCUCACACACACCACUUCCUAGAAUGCGCCAGCAAUGCAUAAGCACUUUGAUUAUAUUUAGAAAUGUGGGCAAAAUAAAGAGAAAAGCUAAUAACCACGUUAGGAAAAAAACCUGGUUCUUUCACAAUCGGUACAAUCAGCACUAUUGACAUCUAGCAAUUAUCCAUGGAAUAUAUGUGGAUUUCAUGCUUUCUUGUAAUAGUAACGUGCUAGGCCAGUAUUAUUUUGUGGCUUACACUUUUUCAAACUAUUAUGCUGAGAAUUCUUCUAGGAAAACCGCUGAACAUGUGUUCGGGAUAAGCAGAAAUAAAUCUACAAGAUAGUAAUUUCAAUAGUCAAAGUGCAUGCACAUAAGCAUCUCUUUUAUAUCUGCUGUCAAUAUGCAGGCAACAGGGGAAUGGCACGCAAAAGUAUUUGCCUUGGGGUGGAUGAUUAUUAACAAUACCAUUAUUUUAAAACAAUGUAAAGUCUACCUGUUAAGCUGACCUGUCACAGAAUUUGGGGCACAUCAGUGUGUCUUUGUGCAAGUUGCUGCAUGAGAACGAAGAUCUCUGUGGGAUCAGAUACAUGAUUCUUCAUACAUUACCCUGUUGCUGGAAGUCAUCUGUUAUCUCCCACACAGCUGAGUUGUAUGUACUCAUUUCUCCAUAUAGGUUUACUAUAUUCACUAUUUCUCCACAUAAAUCAUGCUUGCUGGUUUGGAAGAGGGUGUAUGCAUUGAGAUUUCUUUUCCUUUUCAGACAGAUGCCUAGAUGUUUUAGCAGCUUUCUCUAGAUUUCAGUGUGCUUUUCUGGUUGUGUCACCUUCCUUCAGUAUUUCUCUGUGUCUCUGUAGCUGCUAACUGUAUAAAGUUGACAAGGAACCAGGGUCUAAAUAACUGUGCAAUUCACUUCCCCUCCCGCCAGCAAGGUAGAAGACUUUUAGAGGAUUAUAUCUAUUAAAUAUUAUUUACUAUUUGUAUAUGCUGGGGAAACUAGGAACUGGAGCUUCUCCCACUUUGCAGUCUUAUGGCAUUGCUGCAUUUUAUAAAUGCUCUAAUGGCAUUUGAUCAUUUCUAUAUAAUGGGCACUUUUUGCAGUGAGUUGAAUGGGAAGAAACUUGAGGGUUAAAUUUCUAAAUGUAUUUUCUUGAUUAUGCUUUUAUCACUGAUGCAAUAACGUUAAGCUGCUCUUUAAAACAGCAUGUGCUAAAACCUAUUUGUCAGAGCGUGAAAAUGCACAGGUUCCUUUUGAAUGCAGUCUGCAAUCUAAAAGACAUUUUAAUUUUUGAUUUUUAUAUAACUAUCAUUUAUGAUAUUUUACAUCAGAAAUGGCAAUACUAUGUGGGAUUUAAACUAUUUUGUCAUUAGAUAUUAAACAAAUUGAAUAAAGUUUUAUUUCACAGGGGUCCUCUUUUAAAAGAAAUAUUUAAAUAGUUUGUUUUGUAGUUUAAGUAAUGCUAAUAAGAGAGGGGAAGAGAGUAUUACUGAACUCUCACAAAAGGAGGCUUCAAGUCUGCUAAAUUUUGUAAGACAGUCAUUUAUAAAAACUACGAAAGAAAGAAGAGACAACAGCUUAAAUAUACUUGAACUCAUUUUUUUCUCCCUGGCUUUAUUACCAGCGUCUUAGUUCAUUCCUUAAUUUAUUAAUUAUCCUUCCUCUGCAAAGAAGGAACUUGUGCAUGAAGAGGAGAUCAGCUUUGAGAAUAGGAAUGAAGCAUAUCAACCUUUUGUCCCUUCUUGUAAAGUUAAAGUAGUCUGCAAAUUACCAGAGGUAUUGGGUAUUGAAUAUAUGUGUGUUUUCACACCUCUGUUUUUGAAGAACUUGUGCAACUUCUGAAGAAUAUGCCUCCUCUGUUUAAAAGGAAGAGAUGAAAGUGAGAAAGUACGGAAGGAUUAGAACAUGGUUAGGCAGUAUAGUGCCUUUAUCAAUGUGCUCAUCUAUGGCACCCUGUUCUACCUGAAUUAUAUAUUUAUUCUUUUAGUAAAAAAAUAAUAAAUGGGAAGCUAGCAUAUUGCAAGAUAAAAUGUCAACUUAUCUUUAUUUUGCACAAUUCUUCUGAGUCCCCGGUAAGUUCCAUAGGCUUCUUUUUUUUAAAAAAAGAUGACUAGCUGCAGCCCAGUGCUUUGUUUAGAAGUGUGUCCACCCAUAUGGAAAAAGUUGGAAAUGGUAGGGAACUUUCUGGGGGACUAGAGGAAAUACAGGAGAAAGGAGCCUCAUCAUUUCACAUUUCAGAAGUAUGACUGGCCAUGUCCACUAAGGCAGCCUAUAAUAUGCUUUCAAAUUUCUACAUUUGUCCACCAGUCCUGAAAAUGGUCUAAAUCUGGGUUAGAGUAUGACAUUUCUAUUUCUUCCCAUAAUUAAAGGGAAGGCAUUGGUUUUACCAAUGUGAUUUGUACUUCACUGAAUCUCAGAAUCUGAUGAAUUCCAAGGCAGUAGCUGGAUUCAGAAACUACACUAAACCCAAACCAUAUAAGCCACAUUAUUGCUUAAUACAAUAUAUGAAUGAUGUUGAAGUGUAGAGAUAGCUCUGAUAUUUAAUGGUGAAAGAAAUACAUUCUGUGGGUGCCAAGUGGGCUCUUUAAUCCUAAAUUCUAAAUUGGAUGCAUGAAAAAUCAACAUCUGAAAGAGUCUGGAAACAUUUUGGACUUUUAUGUAGUAUCUCAUCAUGCUGUCUCUAGCAACCAAUUUAGAUUUGGCAGCUGGCAAAUUUCAAAUACAUUUCCAUAAUCACCUCUUUCUACAACUCUUUUUCCCCUUGCGCCUUGCUUGUAGCAGAUUAUGCAGGUUCCCCAUUUUUUAUGAGAGAGAGAGAGAGAGAAUAAGUCUUGGUUCACACAUCACAUUAAGCCAAAGUGAAACAAGCAUUAUGCUUAGUAUUUGGAUAAACAAGUGUUUAUUCAGAAUAGUGAUAAAACAAUGUCAUAACAAAUAAUUAAGGUGAGUAGAUGAACCAGGAAACUGAGCAGAUAGUUAAUGCUCUUCAGUUUCUUAAGGAAACAAGAGCACUACUGGAUAAUGAAGGGAUAUAAAUGAGGAAGCCUUAAAAAGUUGGUUCAAAGUGCAGCACUUGAUUAGCAUUUUGCAAAACAUAGGUUAAGUUUGCUGUCAUAAUGAUGGAUGGCAAAUGGUUUCCAAAGUAUCAGUUUUUAUAUCUUACUGAACCUAAGGACCACUUGGAAAUAUUUUUCAUUGUGUGUAGCAGAUGCUGUGUGGCUCUGCAAAUGUGAGUUCAGGUAAGAAAUCCUGUCCCUAUGGUGGUGGUAGUGAUUAUUAUUAUUAUUUAUGUUUGUACACUGCCUGACUCCCAACAAUUCUAAGGUGGUAUGCUGUGAGUGAAUUUUGUAACCCUUAUUCUCUUUGAGGUAUAAGCAAAUUUUUCUUGGGCCAUUCAUUCACUACGGGAAGCUAUGAACCUCCAGAUGUUAUGGACAAUACGUUAACUCUAAGCAGCAUAACCAAAGACUUGCUUACGGGUAAUAGGGUCUAUCAGCAUCUGUCUCUACCCUUUCUCUGGGCUCUUAUUUCCCUCCUUGAGCAGAAAGGACAAAAUCACCAAUUUUCCCUGAAAAGAUUUUGAGUGGAUCUUUCCAUUAUUGUCGUUGAUAACUUACUUUGUUCCAAAGACACAUAGUGACUCUUGUCCUAAAUAUAAAUUGCUCAUAAUCUGGGAAGAAUUUGGCUGUUUGCACAACUCACUGAACUGCAAACUAAGCACAUUUUAAAUUAGAAUGCUAAGCCAGCCUUUAACUCUGUGUUCAUGCAGCACACUAAUUCAUAUUUGUUUAGCCACUGUUUAUUGAAAAAACCACAAUUUUACACAAACCUAUUAACCAUAGUAUAAAAACCACAGUUCAUAUAUAUUGCAUUAAGCUAGAAACAAGCAAAUCAUAUAUUGACGUAGCAUGUAAAGACUAAGACACUGGACUUUUUCAAAUUUGCUAACUCUUUUGAUACCAGCAAAGGUCGACUAGAAGCUGCCCUCCAAUCAUGUACAGGUCAUGUUUUAUAGCAAAUAUGGAAGAAUACCCUUUCUGAGUUGCACCCCCAAAUUCUGAAGGAUUGGAAUAAAGGAAAACAACAGCAACUUGAUUGGCACUAAGGAAUAUGAACAUCCUCUAAAACUUAACAAGAAAAUAGCUAGCUUGUGAUUUAGCAUGUUGUGCAAAUCCAGCCAUUAUCAUUAAUUUAUAGUCUAAUGUGUUCAUUAAAUCACAGGAGUUCAAUAAGAAUACAUUGGCUAUUCUAGAUUGUAUGCUUCUAAAAGAAGGAAUUUAUUUGAGUGUGCCUAUAAACAUUAUAUACUGACAAUUAAUAAAAGCUUUCAUAAGUCUC